AUGGAAGCUAUCCAACCACUCGACGUAUCUCAAUUGAGAUAUGAAUACACCACCGCUCCCCGAGAGGUGCCCGAUCACGGUACUCUUGCUAAGAGCAAGCAGACAAUCUGUACCGACCAUAUGAUCACUGCGUCUUGGGAUAUCAACAGUGGCUGGUCCCCUCCGGAGCUGAAGCCGUAUGGACCGUUUACUCUUCUUCCUACGGCCUCCUGCCUUCAUUAUGCCUACGAGUGUUUCGAAGGACUCAAAGCCUAUCGAGGCCACGACGGAAAACUACGAAUGUUUCGAACUGACCGCAAUUCUCGGCGCCUCUUGAUGUCGGCCGAGCGAAUCUCCCUUCCCCAGUUUAGCCCGGACGAGUUGGAAAAGCUUAUCUAUGCAUUGGUCUCGGUAGAUGGUCCCAAGUGGCUUCCAGAGAGCCGCGCUGGGGAGUUUUUAUAUAUACGUCCGACAAUCAUUGGCACAGACUCCCAGAUCGGUGUAGCGAAGCCAACAGCAGCUCUUUUAUAUAUUAUUAUCGGAUACAUGGGUCGUAUGGAUACACCAGCUGGCGGAAAGCGUCUAUUGACGAAUCCUGAUGAUGUGGUACGCUCUUGGGUUGGCGGAUUCGGCUUCGCUAAAGUUGGAGCCAACUAUGGCCCGUCGCUGCAAGCCACAGAAGAGGCCUAUCGUCAAGGCUAUCACCAGAUUCUAUGGCUCUAUGGCCCUAACGGCGACUGUACCGAGGCAGGCGGGAGCAACUUCUUUGUGGUUUGGCAACGAAAGGAUGGCAAGAAGGAGCUCAUCACAGCUCCAUUAGAUGACCAGCUAAUUCUGAAUGGAGUUACCCGGCGAAGUUGCCUUGAUCUGGCGAGGGAACGAUUGAAGGAUGAGUUGGAGAUCACCGAGCGCAAAUUCACCAUAAGUGAACUCCAGGAGGCCUCUGCAGAAGGUCGGCUUUUGGAGUCGUUUGCCGCUGGCACAGCUUGGUUCAUUACACCAAUCUCGUUGAUCCGACACCGCACCGAGGAUAUCAAAAUCCCCACUGGACCCGAUGGCACACCAGCCGAAAUCACGGGGAAGAUUAAGGGAUGGUUGAGUGAUAUGAUGUACGGGCGCGUGGAGCACCCGUGGGCAAGGGUGGUCCCCGAAAAACAAGUGAAGUAG